UGCUGCUGUUCCGGUUGUGUUUGUGUCACUUGGCUCUAAUGCUUCUGAAGAUCUAUUGUUAAUAUCUCUAAACACGCAUUUUUUUUAAAAAAAAUAAAAACUCUUCAUGGAGCAGGAAUCUCUGGAAAGCACGCCGGGGGGAAGGACAGAGUCUGUAAACUCGAUGAUAUCGGACUCGGACGCGCUGGUGGCAGAUGUGUCGUCGUUCGUUAACGUUGAGCUCGACGACGAGGAAAACAAUAAUAACGGCAUACACGCACAUGAUCGUUAUGUCCCAGCCAUAACUCAAGCUCUUUUUCAAAAUGAUGAGGAGGAUGAAGAUGGGAGUAGUGAAAGUGAUGAAGAUGACGACAGUGGCACAGACAACUUCAACAGUGACAAGUCAGGGACGAAGCUGCAGCGACGUGAGCGUCAUGCAGGAGAGACUUCAAGUCUUCCUGGUACAUUUCAGACGAGCCACCUGCUGUUCUAUGAGAGGUUCAAGGCAUAUCAGGACUACAUGCUUGGAGACUGUAAGCCUUCUGAGGUAAAGGCCUUCAUAUCAGACUACCUGGAGAAGGUGGUGGAGCCGUGUGAUUGGCUCGCUCUGUGGUCUACUGAUGUCUUUGAUGUUCUGGUGGAGGUGUGUGAUCUGGAUCUAAAGAAUCUGAAGGCAUGUGUGAAGACAGUGCUGCCACUACAGUGUGACACUAGAGGCUGUGACCUCACUGAAGAGGCCAUGAACUCUGUGCUAGAAGCCAACCAGCACAAAGUGUCACUGCAGGAGCUGCAGGUAGUCUACGACGAGUCUGGGGAAGUUGAUCAGACCGCCCUCGCUCUGGAGCACCUCAGCUUUUUCUUUAGUCACAUCUGGAGGCAGUGGGAUGAGGAAGAUGAAGACGAUGACUUUGACUACUUUGUUCGUUGUGUCGAGCCUCGCCUCAGACUCUACUACGACAUCCUAGAAGACCGAGUUCCAACAGGCCUGGUGGCAGAAUACCAAUCAUUAUUGGAGAAAUGCUCUCAGUGCUUCCAGCUGUUCUCUGCACUCCGUAGUGGCCUUAGCACUGACUCUGACUCCGAGCUGGACAACGUGUCCAUGGUGGAGGGUCUAAAGCUCUACGACCAGCUGGAGAGAUUUAAACGUAAACUGCACAUCAUUGAGAACCCCCUAUUGAGGUAUGUGCUGGGCUACAAAGGUAAUGCCAGGCAGCAGUGUGUGCAGAGUCGUGGACUCAGAACCACUGGUGUGAAGGUGGUUCAUGUCGUCACAUCUUCCUGCAGCACCAUCCAGCUUCAGUCCCUCCUCAAUACCAGACUACUGCCUCUGUGCUCCAAUGGGGAAACAGAGAUACAGUUUCACAGAGAGCCAGUAUCAGCAGUGGACUCGUGUCAUCAAGGUGACGUGGUUCUUGUUCUCCCAGGAAUCUACAGUGUCAAUAGCACCAUCUUCAUACCAGACUCCAUCACAGUAGAAGGCUUUGGUUUUCCCGAUGACGUGGUGAUUGAGAAGAAAAACAAGGGGGACUCAUUUGUCGAAUCCACGGGAGCUGAUGUCAAACUGUCCAACAUCAAGUUUAUCCAGCAUGAUGCUAUUGAAGGCAUUCUUUGUGUCCGCCAGGGAACUCUGAACAUGGAGAACUGUGUGCUGCAGUGCGAGACCACGGAUCUUUACUUUAUUAUUUAUUGGACAGAAACCUCAAAUCUGGUCUUUGUUUUAGACAUUUGA